AUGGCUGAUGCACGAGUUGAUGGACGGAAGGCAAUGGAGUUGCGCCCAAUGCAGUGCGACUUGGCGUUGCUGGACAAGCCGGAUGGCUCUGCCUCCUUCUCCUUUGGCGACUCAUCUGUGAUGGCAGCAGUCUAUGGGCCUCGGGACGUGCCGUUGAGCAGAGAAAAGCACGACAGAUCAACGGUGGAAGUCGCUUGGCACUCGGCGCCUGAUAACGAGCAAGGCGCAGCGCUGCAAUCUCAUCUGACCGAGUUUGUUGUCAACGCGCUGGCUAGCAUCCAUGACUUCCCGCGGUCCGCGAUCCGUGUUGUCAUUCAAGAGCUGAACAACGACGGUGGCAUGCUGGCCUGUGCCAUCAACGCCACGUGCCUUGCGCUCAUGGAUGCCGGCAUCUCGCUCACCGCCAUGUUUGCUGCCGCAUCAUGCGCUGUGGUGGAUGGCCAGCUCAUCCUGGACCCCACCCUCAUCGAACAGAACAAGGCGAAUGCUGUUGUCGUCACGGGCGCGUGUAAGCAGGCAUCGAAGGUCAACGCUGCGGAGUUUGUCGCCCUACACUCGUCCGGGCCCUGUGCUCCCAAACAGAUGGUGACGGUGCUCGAGGCCGUGGAGAGCGCAACUGCCGCAGUGGCCGCGUUUUUGCGAACAGCAAAGAGCAAAUGA